AUGGCUCCGAGCGGCGGCGAGCCGCACGACACGGGCCCUGGUCGCUUUCUCCAGGAUGUGCAUCACGCGAAGCCGCGAAUACCAGGGCCGGAUGCGGAAGAUGUGCUGCCUCAGUGGUCGCUGAAGGACGGUCGCUUGGCGCUGCCUCCGAGCCCGCAGGGGAGGACUCGAGUCAAAACGGCGAGCGACGCAUCGAUGGACAGCCUGUCGCCGCGAAGUCUCGCGCGACCGAUGGUGGCAUCCCAGGCCUUCCAGGCGCUGAUCGACCAGCUCGUGAGCCAGCAUGCCACAGAGCUGGAAGCGCUUCGAGCGGCCUUGUCGAGGAAGGAGGAGUCGCCGGCGCUGUCGCCCACUCUGGUGGGUAUGGAGCGAAUGAUGACGCCGAAGUCGGUGAAUUCGAACCUCAGCUUCCCGGGCCCGUGGCGAAAUAAGCGACUUUCCUCACAGUCCGCGCUCGUGGAUGCGAACACGAUCCUCGAAGCCUGGGAUGAACAGGAACACCUGGAGAUGCGAGACAUCCAGAACCAGACGCGGUUCUCGACCAGUGAGUCGGAUACUCCAACGCGUUCCGAACGCUGCCAAGAUUUCCUCGUCUCGGCUACGUACGAGGGUAUUAUGGCCGGGGUCCUCGUUGCGAACAUGUUGUGGAUGGCCUGGACGGUGCAGGUGCAAGGCGAACAGAUCAACACCCUCACCGACACUUCUUUCGGAGUGGGCAUGGAAAUCUGGAGGGAGAUCUUCUACCUCGGCGACGCCAUCUUCGCCGGCCUCUACAUUGGAGACGCUUGCUUGAGGAUCCUGGGGCUGGGCCGAAGAUUUUGGCGGACCUGCAUGAACUGCCUGGACUUCGUGGUGGCCGGCUUCUGCGUUGUGGAAAUCUUUUGGCUCCUGUCGGCCGACAGUUCCGACGUGAACUUCGACUUUUUCCGCUUGCUGCGCGUCGUCAAGCUGACGAAGGCGCUGCGCAUGUUCAGCGUCGCAGUGGGCCACGCUCCCCUGCAGCUGCUGGUGAAAUGCUUGGAAGCGAGUCGAGGGAUGCUGUUUUGGUCCUUCUGCUUGUUGUCUCUUCUGCAGCUCCUGGCUGGGGUCGUGGUGAGCAUGCUGGCUGCCCCGUACUUGCUAGACGACGGGAACGACCUGCUCAAGCAGGAGGAGGUCUUCCGAUACUACGGGACCUUCUCCCGAACCUUCCUCACCAUGUUCGAGAUCAUGUUUGCCAAUUGGGGGCCGGCCUGUCGCGUGCUCGUCGACAACAUCUCCGAGUGGUUCGCACUCUUCUUCCUGCUCUACCGCCAAGCCCUCGAGAACCGGAUUGCAGCCCGAAACCACAACCAAACCUUCAAACCCGCACCAAGACCCAUGACCAGCGCACCAAAACGACCCCAACUCUCACCAAGAAGUUGCUGCAGUCACCAAGCUUCCAAACCACAGACUUGGCAAGAACAAGCGGAAUACUCGCAGCUGCACAGCGACACAACGGUCGAAUCCUUGACAACUCAGCUCCUUCUCAGCAUGGUGUCGUGGUGUACCAAGACUCACCGCUAG